AAAGUCAAAUCUAUUGAGCUUUCAGUUGUUUAAUGUUGAAGUGUCUUGCGCCAAGAACAGAUAAAUUAGAAAAGAAGCAGCAAUUGCUUUUCUUGUUGAACACCUAUCAAAUGCGAAGAUCCUCUCUUUUCUAAUUAAUUCCACUUCCUUCUCUCUGAUCGGUGCCACUCCUUCUUGUGCUUCAAAGCCCGGGAUUUUCGUUUCUUUUGGUUGGUGCCCAUUUCAUUGGCAUGCUCUUAUAUGAAUUGUGCAAUCCAAGCUGCAUGUGAUAGAAUUUCUAUGCGUUUUAUGGAUUUUGAGUGUUAUUUGCACAGCUGGAGGCUUGACGUGCAAACGCACUCCACAAUCCAUGGAUAAAGAUCUGAGGGUGGAAGAGGCUGUUGAUUUGCGAAACAAAGUGGAGUUAGUGAGAUCAGCCUCUGAUAAGCAUCAUGAACUUUUAAGGCCAUCAGCUCGAAACUAUUCAAGAGGACAAGCAAUAGAUGCAACAGGGCAUGGAAAGGGAAAGUAUGCCUUAAUUAGAGACCCAGAGGAUUUCCCAAUGGGAAUUUAUGACAAGCCCCUUCCAUGUUUUGGAUGUGGGAUCGGAUGGUUCUCAUUUCUUUUUGGUUUUCUAUGCCCUCCUAUGUGGUACUAUGCUACAAUUCUCUAUUUUGGAAAUCACUAUCGAAAGGACCCUAGGGAGCGAGCAGGGUUGGGAGCCUCUGCAAUCGCUGCAUUACUGUGCUCAGUAGCGUUGCUGAUAAUUGCAGUAAUUCUUCUGUUGAAAUUACGGUCUCUCUAUUUCUAAUUCAAGUGCAAAGGUGAAAUUUGAGAAGAAAAAAAAUUCGGAAGCAAUUCUGAUGGGAUAUCAGAAACUAUUGGACAUAUGUAUAUAAAAACUUCAAAUAGGUGGGAAAAAUCUUGCACAUUGUUGAAGUAAUUCACAGCAAGAAAUCUGUCGGCUAUGUACCACAAGUUGAGAGAAUGAUGAUACGUCAUAUCCCUUAUUUGAUUAUUUUCUGAACUGGUGUAUACUCAAAGAAAUAUUGUGAGUGUUUAUAAUUCUCCCAAAAUCACUAUUAAUUUUUUAUAGCUC